AUGUUCCAGCCUCAACCCACACCCUUCGCCUCCUCCUGCUUCGCGUCCUAUGGCCUAGCUCCCGAACUGGACUUCGCCUUUCCCGUGUCAGCCGGAGGCGGAGGCCCUGGACUUCUCUACGCUUCACCACCGCCGGUGCAGCAGCAGCAGCACCAACAGCCACAGCCUCAGUCGCAUCUGAUUCACCAGAUCCCCCGACAGCAACUCUCGUCCUCGACAUCUCCCCCAGCUUCCUCGCCCUUUUCCUCGCAAGCUUCUAUCUCGAACCCCUCUCCCCCGCCGAACCCCGCGACCCGAGACAGUCGUUCGCUGCGACACUAUCAGCACCAGCAGCGCCGGCUUCAACACCGGCAUCAGCAGCACCAACAGCCGCCGCAUCCGCAACAACAACCCUACUCUGCCCCGCCCGCAGUCGUCGUUCCCAAGAUGGAGGAUCAAGGCCAGCACGACAUGGCCGCUCAGCAGGCUGCUGCUAAGGAUUACCAGCCUGUUCUUGAGGGGCUUAAGGUUGGCAACAAAAUCUCGAGCGACAUUAUUACCCACGAAUACGCCAAAGCCGAUCCGGUCUAUGUCGACAAGACAAUUACCCUUCCCCAGACAUACUCCCACUUUCGACCUAUCCAAGGAGAUGGUAACUGUGGCUGGCGAGCACUUGGAUUCAGCUACUUUGAGAAGCUAGUCGACUCAGGCGAUCAGGCCAAGAUUGAGGGCGAAGCCGCCCGACUUUUGAGUAUGGGUCAUAUGUUGUCGACUGUUGGGGGUUACUCUUACUUUGAGGACUGGGCCGAUGAGUUGAUUGGGCUUCUGCGCCAAGUCGCUCAGAGCAUCAACGACCCCACGAUGGCACACAUGUUGGUGCAAGAGAAGUGGAACGACCCCAGCUCCGCCAAUGGCAUGAUCUACUACCUUCGGCUUCUCGCCGCUACCUACCUCAAGGGCAAUGCCGCGACAUACGAGGCCUUUGUAAAUGAUGGCAUCGGCAUUCCAGCCUAUUGCGCUCAGUUCGUCGAAAUUCCGGACCACGAGAUCGAGCAUCUUGGCAUCAUCGCCCUCGUCAACACCCUCCUCAAGCCCGCCGGCCAAGUCCUUGAGAUAGCGUACCUCGAUCGCAGCCCGGGCACCCAGGUCAACCGAUAUCGUUUCCCCGACGAGGCCAACGGCCAAGAUCCCGCCACCCUCGGUCCCAUCAUCUACCUACUCUUCCGACCUAACCACUAUGACAUCCUGUACCGAGAUCCGCCAGUUCCUGUUGGGCCUAUCACGAUGCAAGUUAACCGCGUGAGUGGUUUCACGCACAACACCGACAUCACAGCGACUCAAACAGAUCUCGGCCAAUUUGCUACGCUCAACUUUGAUUCACUGGCUAUGAUCCCGGGUCUCAACUCAGGCCCUGCAUUUGGAGGACUUGGAUCAUUGGCGCCGCCUCCCCCAGCCAGUACGGUGGCUGAGUCUUUCUCACCGGUGCAGCAGAGCCCGUGGAUGCCAUCGUUCCCUGAAACACUGCCAGUCUCGACUCCGCAAGCCGCGCCGCCGCCCCCUCCUACCAUCAUGGCGUCUCCUCAACCUCCGACGCCUCCCGCCUCCUUGUCUGGCAGUUCAGCUAUGGGUCCCAGUCCCCCAAUGGUCGCAACAUCAGGACUAGGCCCACAGAGCUCCCUAAUGCCGCCGCCGAGUUCUGGUUACCACAUACGAUUCAGCCCGGUUCAACUUGAGUAUGAGGAGAGCAAGAACAACUUCCCUGAACCGACAUUCCAGGUGACAACGAAUACUUUCAAGAAUAGUGUAUGGAAUCGAGCGCACUAUGGAAACCCUGAUUUUCACCCAGAAGAAUGGAGUCCUGAUGACGAACAUACCGACGGCAGAGUUGGAGGAAAACGCAAGAAGAAGGACUCUGCCUAG